UUUACCGGAAGUAUAGGAUAUGGGUCACUCUACCACAAAUUCUAUCUCUAUGGCUAAAUCGGCGCGAGAACGUCUCUUAGCAACGGCUUAGACGCUGCUGCUGCCUGAGAGAGUCGCGAUAUCGUGGGACUGAAACUCGCUAAAGAGCCACCCAUGUCGAAGUUAACCAAAAAGAAGGAGCUGGUGAGGAGCAACAAUGUUCUCCAGACAGGCCUCCCCCCUAAAGACCUUUGGUUUCUUUCUGGAUCAGCCUCUGGUAUGAAUCCUCAAGGUGUUUCAGCUGAGGCAAGGAAAGGAAGAUUUCCUAUCUGGCCAGAAUGGAAUGAAGCAGAUAUCAAUGCAGAGAAGUGGGAUGCAGGGAAAGGCGGAAAGGAAAAAGAUAAAGCUGGAAGAAGUCCUAUUUUACAUGUCUUUGAAGAUCCAGAAGGAAAAAUUGAAUUGCCCCCUUCUUUAAGAGUGUGUUUCUGGAAAAGGCCGCAAGAAAUUUUAAUCAAUAAGGUGCCUGUGGUAGUGAAAAAUGAAACUUGGUUUGACCUCUUUUCAGCCAAUGAACAUUUAAUGUGUAGUGAGCUGAUGAGAUGGAUAAUAAGUGAAAUCUAUGCAGUUUGGAGACUAUAUAAUGCACCUGUUUUAAAUGCUGAUGCUAAAGCUAAUGCAAAUGAAAUAUCUUCACUUUUGUGGAAGCCAUGGGAACAUAUAUACUCAUUAUGCAAAGCUGUCAAGGGGCAUAUGCCAUUGUACAACAGCUAUGGAAAAUACGUGGUAAAACUUUACUGGAUGGGGAGCUGGCGAAAGAUCAUUGUGGAUGACAGUAUUCCUUUCAGUGAAGACAAUUAUAUGCUGCUUCCAACAACAACAUGUGAAAUUGAACUUUGGCCACUGAUAUUAUCCAAAGCCAUAAUUAAACUAGCAAACAAUGACAUAAAUGAAGUAGGAAAAAGAGAAUUGGGGGAAUUCACUGUUCUGCAUGCACUUACUGGAUGGAUACCAGAAAUUAUUCCUCUCCAAUCUGGAUAUUUGGAUAAAGUUUGGGAAUUCUUAAGAGAUAUAUUGCCAGAAUUUAAGUUACCAGAGGAAUCGCUCCCUGAAACCAGAGCAUCACUUCAAGACACAAAAAAAGAUCUAAAAGUUUCUGACAUUAAAAAUGAUGCCAUACCUACUAUUAAGCAACCAGAAAAGCUAGAGAAACCUGAAAGAACUGGCAGAGAAAAGUCAGAUCAAAAAGAAGUUGGAAAGAAGAGAAGCAAAGAUGGUGAAAAGGAUAAAUUUAAGUCAGGGCCUCAUUCUGGUCGAAUGUCUGCUGACUUUCAAAGUUCUCUUCAGAUGUUUAUUGAUGGUUCUGCAGCACCACUGCAGCCACAGAUGGUAGCGUAUGCUUCCUAUAUGCCUCUGUAUGUUUCUGAAAAAAAGUUCUUUGUAUUAGGGAAGAUGGCUGACUCCUCUGAGCAGAUACGGCAAUAUGGUCUUUCCCACAUAUACAGUCACCCUGCACUGUUAACCAGAACAAGGUCAGGUCCCCUGGUAGCGCCUCCAAAACCACCAGCUGUACCUCGUUGGAAACUAAUCCGCCAGAAAAAGGAAACUAUUGUGACAGAUGAACCCCAAGAACCUGUAAUCAAAAAGCCAGAACAAUUCAUUGAACUUGCCAGUCCUUUUCUGAAUUUCAGACUUUCUCCAAUACCUAUACCAAGAGAUACCCAUUUUCCACCAUCUACCUUCAAAAAGGGAUCUCUUCCGGCAUCCAGCCUUUCUUUUGUCACUGAAGCUGAUGAAAGCAUAAUUGACUCUUAUGGAGAUUCAAAUCCCAUGAGUACAGAAGAAAAUUCUCAGGAAUCUGCUUUAGUUCCACAACAUACAAUAGAAGGAUCCACUAAAGGUGAAUCAACUGAAAAAAUCAGUAGUGAAGCAGCUCCGAUACCAGAAUCAACAGAACCUGCUUUCAAUAACCAAUUAGGAACAAAAUCUCUGGAAGAUAUUGAAUCAGAAAAGAACCCAGUUUCCAAGGAAAUAUGGAUGGACUAUGAAGAUUUCUGUAUUUGUUUUCAGAAUUUGUAUGUUUUCCACAAGCCAAAUACCUAUAGCUAUUGCUAUCAGAAGUCAGAUUUUAGGAUGUUAGAUGAUCGUGUUUUAUAUUAUUUAUGUGUGGACAGUUUGAAGUCUACUGAUAUUCUGGUUAGCUUUUCUGCAUUAGUACACUGGGGAGAUUCCGGAGCAGUUGCACAAAAAGAAGGUCACAUUAUGCCCAAAGGAUUACUCAUGGUUGAAAGUUUCUCAUGGAAGAAUCUGGCUCCAGGACAAUUAAUCCUGAAGAUCCACACGUAUGCCACUAAAGCUGCUGUGAUAAGUCUUCCUGCUGGGCGCCACGUGUUACUUUUCACUGCAAGUUCUCCCAUAGGGCACCAUAUCUUUCUGUGUAGCUUGGUCCCAUGUGUGUUUGGUGAAGAGGAUAUUGUUCUGCCAAAUCUUGAAAAGGAAAGCUAUCUGUUUAUGGAACAAGCCACCGCUAUAAUGAAAGCAAUUGGAAAUGUGAUAAUUAAUUUUGGACAUGCAGAAAACCUUCCCAGAGCCACGAGGGCACUGGAAUUAACACAUUGUCCUCCUGGCCUCUGUGGUACAGGAAUAGCUAGAGAACACUUCAAGGCUUUCAAUAAUGCUUUCUGGCAUUUGAUGAAACAAAUAUUGGGAAAUAUUCCUCCCAACUAUAAAUUUGCUUACAGAUGUUUCACUUUGGAUUUUAAAGACAGUGAUGCACCUGUUGAAGACACUGACUCCUCAGAGCUAACGGAGAUGAACAUUCCUCUUUGGCAGAACAAAGAUCCCACACCUGAAGAAGAGGAAGCUGCGCGUAAACUACAGGCUGCCUGGAGAGGGACUUAUGUGAGGCUACUGAUGAAUGGCAGAAGUCCAGGUACUAAGGAGAAUACUAAAGUCAAAGAAACACUUCAAAAAUUGUGGGCUCUAAUAGAGCCAAAUUUUGAACAAUGUUCUUUGACACUUUUGAGAGAUAUGUUUAAAAGUAAGUGUAAGUCAAUUGAAAAAUACCGUUGCUUUGAAGAUGAAUGGACUAAGACGUCUUUUGCCGAUUAUACUGUAACAUAUGGGGACCAACCAGCAAAUUUUUGGUUUGUGGUCUUCAGAGAAGUGUUUCAUGUUCCAGAAGACAUGAUCAUAGUGCCAAAGGUUUAUUCAGCCAUACCUACAUGUGUACUGCAUGUUGUAGACAAUGACACGCUGGAGGAAAUGCCCCGUAUCUUUCUCAGAGUUGCACCACAUCAUUAUACAAAGAAUAAGAAAGGAUAUACUUUCAUGGCUGAAGUUCAAACUGGUGAAUCACCUGUGAUGGCUGGGAAAUGGAGGCUUCGGCUCAUAGGUUCCUACAAUCCUCUUCCAGUUCUUUCUCGUGAGACUGUAAACAAUUUGUAUUCCAUUAAAGAAGUUAAAGACUAUUACGUACCAAAUGCUAAGCAUAUUAUAUUCAGGUAUGCUGUAAAAGUCACAACACCACUUAUUGCUACAGUGCAGGUACAGACCUCUAAAUCAGAUACAAUCAUUAAAGUACAAGUUCUGGAUUCUGAGGAAGAAAUGGUGAAUUCUGUUGGGAAGGGCCAUGCUAUUAUUCCUGCAUUUCAUUUCAUAUCUACUGAGAGGCCUUUAAGUAGUCAAUCUUUUCUGCCUCUCUCAGCAACAGCAAGUAAAGGCGGAGUUGCCCAAAGCACUUCCAAAAAGGAACCUGAAGUUGUAGUCCCUAAGAAAAAAGGUGCUGUGGCAGCUCAGAAGAAUGUCAAGUCUUCAACCAAGUCUUCACAAGAAGGUCCAGCCUCAACAGAAGAAGAAACUGUUGUUGCACCUGUCAUUGAUGAAAGUUUACUUCACCAGUCUCACAAAUAUAUUAUACAAGCCUCAGUGUUGUAUAAUAGUUGGCCACUUACUGAGAACCAAAUGAUAUUUGUUCAGGCACUGAGAGAACUGGAAAAAAAUGAAAUAAAAGCACAUCCUAUUGAAAAACAUGAAGAGAAUGUAAACAUCCUAAGCCCAGACAUUCACAGCAACCUGGAAGGACAAAAAUCUGCAGGCUCUUCCAAAGCAAGUAGAAAAAUGAAGGAAAAAACAACUGACAAGGCAGAAAAGGCUGCUAAAGAAAAAACCCCAACUGUUGUUAGACCCGAAUCACAGCAAUCUGAUCCGAACAAACCCUACUGGAUCUUGCGUCUAGUCACUGAACAAAAUGAGGUGGAAGCACUGGACUUGAGGAAAGACACUGAAAGAGCAGAUGAGAUUAAAGCUAUGAAGCAAGCAUGGGAGGCUGCAGAGCCAGGGCGAGCUGUUAAGGCUGUUCAGGAACGAAUGCAGUUUAUUAAUAAAUGCAUGAGGAAAGGUUUGAUCGCAUCUGAGGCUGAAAGUGUCAGCACUGUAGUGGGUUCAGGAGAAACAGGGACUGCUUCUCCUGCUUCUGAACUAAUGGGGUCUCCUGGAGUAGUUGCUGAAACUCAGCGAAAAGAAUGGGAGCCUCUAGACCUCACUCCCUACAUUAGAAAAACACUGCCUGAGCCUGUGCUGAAGAAUGAGGCUAUUAUUCAAGAACAAGAGAUGCGUAAAGCAGAAGAAAUUAAUCUCUUUAGACAAUUUCGAGAGAUGGUUCUGGAACACAGAGAGCAAGAACACAUGGCAAGGAAUCAGUUGAAGCAAAAUGUACUUGAAAUGUAUGUAGAUCUUCAAAAAAAUAGGAAUUACAGACCAACAAGGGAGGGUAAAGGCACCUUUCAGAGAAAAAAGAAGUUAAAAAGAAAAAACUAAAGAAGAACAGAACACUGUCCCAGGCUGAGCUAAAGAAGCUAAGAACAACAUCCAUGCUUGAAGCAUGUUCAGGCCACUGCACCAACUGACUUCAGAAGACCUCUGCUAUGGUGUAGGCAUAGCUAUAGUUAUGUUUUGCUUUGUGUGACUAAUGGAACUAGCAAGAAGAGUUGAGCAUCCCUCUCCACAUCAGAAGCAUCAGUCAAGUUCAGUGGAAAGCAGAUGACCAUCACAGUUCACAUCUCCAUCUGGAUUGACCAUCUAAAUCAUUUGCAUGUUCAGAUCUUCCUUGCUGGAUUGGGGCAAUAGAGGAAACCACAAUCUUUAUCCUUGGCCUAUUAAGUUUACCUUUCAGCUUAGUAACACAUAAAAAAAUGUUUUAGAGCAAAGUUAAACCAGACUGAUAUAAUGAAUUACUGGUUGGU